ACUGCCUUACAUUACGAUCGACGCACACGAAUAAACAACAAUAAUAUAUCAAUCUUGUUUAUAAACAUUUACUUUUAAAAGAAACAAUGAUAAAAUAUAUAAGUUUAGAAAUUACAUUACUAUUUGGAUGUUAAAUGGACAAAAAGAAUGAACAGCAUGGAUUACCAUCAGUUAUCAACCUCAAUGUAGGAGGGUAUUUCUUCACAACGAGGCUUUCGACAUUGCGAAAAUAUGAAGACUCCAUGCUUGCAGCCAUGUUUAGUGAAAGAUACACACUAGACAAAGACAAAGAUGGAAAUUUCUUUUUGGAUAUGGAUGGAAGUAGAUUUAAGCACAUACUUAAUUACCUCCGCAAUGAACAACAUCUUCCGCCGCGUAAUAUUGCACAGGAAGUUUUGGCAGACGCUACAUAUUUAGGCAUAAACGCACUUGUUGACCAAAUUAGGUCACUUGAUCAUGACUGGGAAGAUGUUCGCAAUUCUGUUCCAUAUUAUUCAGAAAUGAAAGAAAAAAUCAUUAAACUAGGCGAGACAGUUGAUGCCCACUCCGAAAUACCGCCAUCUUGGAAAUUUCACCCACAUGUGAUUCUUGACUUCAUCAUAGAUGAUGGUUUGCGGAUAAAUCAAGAUCUUUAUCAGAAAAGCAGAAGAAUUCUAAGACAAGGCAACAUUGAAAUUAACUGUCCUACUUACGAGGACGCCGUUGCUCUUGCUGGUUGCCUUUACAAAGACAUUCUUAACGAUGGCUACAACGUAAAAAUCGAAGAAUUAUUUCCCUGCUCUGGACAAGUCUGCAGUGAUCAGCCGGUUUCAGAGAUCAGCAGUACACUUUCAUCAGAUGAAAAUAUAGAAGUGUACACAAACUUCCGUUUUAUGCUCAUAUUUGAUUGGAAAAAAUUUCCUUCCACUGAAUUAUAAAUACAAAUGUUUCAAAACGCAUUUUCUUUUAACUAGUUUUAUAUCUUAACAAAUUAUCACAAAAUAACGUGAUAUAGAAAAGGGUGUCCUAAAAAAGCAAAAUUCUUAUGAAAAUGAAAGAAGCAGAACAAUGAUAUCAACAUGAUGAAGGAAAUGUAGGGUAAACGUCAACACAUCUAGAAGCCAAGUUACCGCACUAGUAUUCAACAACAGCUCUCGUUUUAAUAUGUCUAUUAUGAACUAUAAUGCCUCUUUGUUUAUUGAAGCCUCUGUUUUGUCGUUGAGGUCAAUCUCUUAUAACAUUUGAACUGCGUCGAAUCGAAAUCGACCUUAUGCAAGUGCACGUAUACAUGUACAUUUAUAAGACUUUGAUAUAUUUAGGAACAUUCAAAUACGAAAUAAAAGAUGAGUGUUUG